AUGGCCGAUCCGAAAAAGCCCUCGACGGUCGAGGCCGCCUCCGACGAUGAGUCGUCGGGCGACUUUAGGUCUAUCGACCCCAAUAGCGGUGUGAAACGGGGUCUUAAGACACGCCAUCUGAGCAUGAUGGCUCUGGCUGGUAUCAUUGGUCCCGGCUUGUUAAUCGGAUCCGGUGGUGCCUUGGCAAACGGUGGCCCUGCCUCUUUGCUAAUUGGCUUCGGUGUAAUUGGUAUCAUCGCUUUCAGCAUUAUGCAGAGUCUCGGCGAAUUGACCACCCUCUACCCCAGCGGUGGUGCCUUCACCGGCCUGGCUGAUCGCUUUGUUGACAAGGCUUUUGGUGUCGCUGUGGGAUGGAACUAUUACAUUAUUUGGUUCUGUGUGUUGGCGAAUGAGUAUAAUGUGAUUUCCAGCAUCUUUACGUUCUGGGGCGACCAAGUUCCCGUUUGGGGCUACUUCUUGAUAUUCUGGUUCGCUUUCCUUGCAUUCCAGCUCCUUGGUGUUGAGACAUUUGGUGAGGCCGAGUUUUGGCUCGCGCUCGUCAAACUGAUCGGACUUGGCGCUUUCUUCAUCUUUGCCAUUGUGUACGUCGGCGGGGGCAUCAAGGGAGUCGAAGCUCUUGGUGAUACGUAUUGGAAGGACCCCGGUCCGUGGGUAUCGGGCUUCCGUGGUGUAGCUACCGUCUUCGUUUUCUGCUCCACCUUUUACGCCGGUGUAGAGUCCGUUGCCGUUGCCGCCACCGAAACCAAGAACCCCGGCGUUGCCGUACCCAUCUCGAUUCGCCAAGUGCUCUGGCGCAUCAUCUUCGUCUACAUGGGUUCAGCCCUCUUUUUCGGUCUUACAUGCCCUUCCAAUGCUCACGACCUUGUCAGCGGCACGAGCCGAGCUAUCAAGAGUCCCAUGACUAUUGCGAUUCAAAAUGCCGGUUGGCAAGGAGGCGUCCAUCUCAUCAAUGCCUUUAUUUUCGUCACCUGUCUCUCCGCCAUCAACAGCUCCAUUUACAUCGGCUCCCGUACUAUCCUCUUCAUGGCCCAGGACGGAAAAGCCCCUCGCUUCCUCGGCUGGACAGACAAACGCGGUGUCCCUAUCCCCGCUAUUAUCUUCACAAACCUCUUCGGCGCGCUCUCCAUGAUGAAUGUCAGCACUGGCGCCGGAAAGGCCUACAGUUACAUCGUCAACCUGAGUGGUGUGUCGACCUUUUUGGUCUGGGGCUCCAUCUCCUUCACUCACAUCCGUUUCCGUCGCGCCUGGGCUGCCCAGGGUCACAGCGUCGACGAGCUUCCCUUCAAGUCGCUCUGGUACCCCUGGAAUGCAUACUUCGGGCUCGGCGCCAACAUUUUCUUGGCUUUUGUCCAGGGAUGGAGCACGCUUUCCCCGUUCAACGCUGGAAACUUUGUCGACGCGUAUAUUCUGCUUCCGUUGUUUGCCAUCAUCUAUUUCGCGUACAAGUUCGCGUUCAAAACUACAUAUUGGAACCUGCAUGAGAUUGACCUUCAGUCCGGCAGGAGAAGGGAUCUCGACGAGGCCAAAGAGAUUGCAGCUAGAGAACUUGAUCCCAGGGAGGUACCUUGGUGGAAGAAGUUGUUGAAGAAUUUGUAG